UUUUAAGGUGCAAAAAUAGCUCAAGAACAAUGGGAUCUGCAGGAAUUGCUAUUGGACCUGAUGGAAAGCCACUCAAACGUCAGGAGAAAAGAACGCAAGUCCCUCGCGGUGGGAUUACAAAGCCGGGAAUGAAAAGAGGGGGUAUGCCUAUGAAUAUGGUUCAGCGACCGAUGCGCGGAGGAAUGGGCCCAGGGCCUAUGAUGGGAGGAUUCGGUCCCGGUCCUUUUGGACCUGGAGGUUUUGGGCCAGGAAUGGGAAGACCUAUGCCUUUCGGUGCUGGCCCUGGACCUAUGCGCGGCAUGGGGCCAUAUGGUGCAGGCGGUGCUGGUCCUGAUCAAAACGUAACUUUCUUCAAAGGACCUCAGCAAGCUGUUGCCGGAGGGAUGGGCGACGCUAGGACAGGUCCAAUGCAGUCAGGCGCAGCAAUGACACCUUCAGCAACUACAGUGGGAAGAGGAGCUGUUGGCGGAGGAGGAUUUGGAACGAAUGGUAAUGAUGCAUCCAAUGCAGCACCCGCGACGGCCGUUAAUGAAGUGCCGGGAUUCGGAACUAACAGCAGCAUUCAUGAAUUAUUUGGUAAAAUGGUCUGGAAGAAAAUGGAAGGUCUACGUGAUGAAGCAGUCAUUGAUCGUCUUCAGAAUCGCAUCAUGAACAUGAUUCAUGAGGCGCUCGCCGAGCAGUCUGGUGGAAAUACUGCGAACAACAACAACCAGGCUCUUGCAGCCAAUGGGCGUCAGUUUAAUGUCAAUGGCGGAUUCAGAUCGUUCUAAGCUUUGUUUUUCAUUCGGCAAUGGUCCAUUAACUUUACAUAUUUGGGAUUUGCCUCUUCGUUUUGUAUUUUAACAAACCAUAAUAAGAACUUAUUAUUUGCCAUCAGCAAGGCUCGUUUCAAGAUGUUAUUCACUGCUGUCUGAUCUGAAUGCGCAUCGAGUGGCUGUAUUUGACCUCGUCUUCCGCACCACAUGGUGCUAUAAGACCUUAGUUAAUUAUUUAGUACAUUGCAAAUGUUACAACUGUUUUUUUUUUGUAUCUUGGAGUGUUUGUGGUUCAUAAAGUGGUGUCGCAUAUA